AUGGAUUUACCUCCACUUUCCGAAUUAGAGUUGUAAAAUAUUUAUGCUUGGUUAGACAAACUCCCACUCUCAAGGGCUAAGAAGAAUAUUCAAAGAGAUUUUGCAGAUGGAGCUAUGGUAGCUGAAAUUGUAUACCAUUACUUGCCCAAAUUAGUUGAGAAGCAUAAUUACCCUCAAGCUCAUAGUGUUUAACAAAAGUAAUACAAUUGGAGCACUCUCAAUUUGAAAGUUUUCAAGAAACUUGGAUUUCAAUUAUCUAAAAAUGAUAUUGAUAGUGUUAUUGCUUGUUCACCAGAAGCUAUUGAAAGAGUUUUGAAGUUUUUAUAAAUUAAGAUUGAGAAAUAUUUGGAACAAUAAAAAGAAUUGGAGAAAAAGGCACUUGAAUAAUAAAAGCAACAGUAAUAUUAAUAGCAACAAAAAUAGUCAGUGUAGGAGGAUCCCCUACAAAACCAAGAUUUUGGAUUCAUCUUGGCUGAGAAGAAUCAAGCAAUUUCGGAGUUAAAAGAAACUGUCGAAAUUUUAUAAUUGAAAGUUAAAAAACUUGAAUAGCUCUUACAAAUUAAGGAUAAUAAAAUUUAAGGGUUAGUGAAUCAAUUGCAAGGCAAACAAUGA